GGGCCUUCUGGGCCCGCCGGCACCCGUAGACAUCAUCAAAGCUGAGAGCAUCGUGGGCUUCCAGGUCCAAGGCUCCAUCGAGAAGCUGGGAAGCAUCGGCAAAGGGCUCAUGCUCAGGAUACCAAUGACACUUUUCGGCCGGCCCGUCUACGAGUUUGAGGGCGGUGGACAGUACCUGUAUUUCCUGAAGAAGGAGGCCAAGAUCGCAGAGGGCCAGUCAGCCAGCUGGGAGGAAUUCGGAGCUGGCGUGGAGCCUAACCCACAGAAGCUCUUCGAGAUGGAGGGCUACUGGGCCAUUGGCGUAGAUGUGGGGGACGACAGUGAAAGUGAGCGAUGCCUGGGCUACUGUGAGGAUUUGGCCGUGACACCAGAUCAAAUACAGAGGACUUGGUACGUUCGGGGAGCUAGCAGCUUCCAUUCAAAUCCUGAGCUCAA